AUUGUUUUCCAUAAUUUUGACUAUUGCAUUUUAAUUUACUCAUACUGUAUCGUGUACAACCAGUGACUGUCCAAAAAAUAUUCAUGUAUUGUUUUGUUUGUAACUCCACAGUGAAAGUUUUGAACCUGUCUUUUCUUUUCUCUUUACAGAGCUGGCAGGGCAGCGCCACAGCUAAGCCAGCUAAUUGGUUGAAAACAGCCACGUGACGCUGACGUAUAGGGAAGUAACUCGAGCCGGAGCGUGUCCGUUUGUUUACAUCCCACAGUGUUCCGUCUGCACCUCGACGACGAACCCAUUGGCGUUAAAACUGCUUCUCGGUUUUCAAAUCAAAUAUUUGUGUACUUUCCCUGCAAUAUUAACGCGUGUCGGUUGCGUUUGCCUCCUGACCAAUAUUAGGAAUAGCAUCGUCCGAAGAAACAUGCUAAUGCCAAAAGGCUCGACACUUGCACCUUACUGCCAACGAAGCUAACGCAAAGCUGUUACCUGUCACGAAGCACCGUCAAAUGUAGGGUUCUGGACGAUGUUAAGGAAUGAAGGAGGUGCCGGCGCAUCAUGGCGUUUUCUGAGGUGGAUUGGGAUGAGGAAGUCCCGCUCCCCAGGCUCGGUCGGGUCCAGGCCAGGAUCUCCGUGGGCCUGCUGGCACUGCUCUGCUUCAUCAACAGUUACGAUGGGGACUUCGUGUUUGACGAUUCAGAGGCCAUCCUCAACAACAAGGACUUGAAGCCAACAACACCCUUGAGCAACAUCUGGACCAAUGACUUCUGGGGAAGCAACCUGAGUAGCAACUCCAGUCACAAAUCCUACAGACCGCUCACUGUCUUUACUUUUAGGUUGAACUACAUGUUGGCAGGCGGCCUGCAUCCUGUGGGCUUCCACGUGCUGAACGUCGCCCUCCAUGUCGUCAUUUCCGUCCUGAUGGUGGACAUGUUCGCGCUGCUGAUUGUCGGACUGGCCUCCGACGACAGGACUCGCAAAGUGCGGCGUGCUCCCAAGACCUCCCUGCUGGCCGCGCUCUUCUUCGCCGCGCACCCCGUCCACACGGAAAGCGUGGCAGGCAUCGUGGGUCGGGCGGACCUGUUGUGUGCGCUGUUUUUUCAGCUGUCCUUCCUCACAUACUGCAAAGCCUUCAACAGAGGUGUGGACAAAGAUGGCGGCUUCUCCGUGUGGUGGAUCGCGGUGAGCCUCUCCCUGUGCGGCGCCGCCAUGCUUUGUAAAGAACAAGGCAUCACCGUCUUGGGUGUAAAUGCAGCUUUUGAUGUCCUCCUUAUCUGUAAUGUUGACGUGUAUGAACUGAGCCAGAGGCUACUCCUCAGGAAGACCCCUCGUAAUGCACGCGAGAUGCUGCGGACGGGCCUGCCGACGCGAUUGGCCCUCAUGGCUCUGGGCGGCUUCUUCAUGCUCUACGCCCGCUGGAAGAUCAUGGGAACUGGGCCGCCGGCGUUCACUGAAGUGGACAAUCCCGCCUCAUUUGCGGAGAACGUGUUUCUUAGAGUGGUGAACUAUAAUUACUACUACGCCCUGAAUGGCUGGCUGCUGCUGUGUCCCUGGUGGCUGUGUUUUGAUUGGUCCAUGGGCUGCGUGCCGCUCAUUAAGUCGACCAGCGAUUGGAGGGUGGUGUGUCCGCUGCUGCUCUGGUGCGUCCUGAUAGGCUUGGUAGGCCAAGCCUUGUGCUCAACAGACGGCCAGCAGCGAAGGACCCUGAGCCUGGCCCUGGUGCUGCUGGUGGUCCCAUUUCUGCCGGCCUGCAACAUCUUCUUCCGGGUGGGCUUCGUCAUUGCCGAGCGCGUGCUCUACUUGCCCUCUUCCGGAUACUGCCUGUUGUUGGCCUGCGCCGUGGCACGCUCCUGCCACCGCUGGGUCAAGUACAAGAAGCUGCUGUGCAUCGCCAUCUUAGCCUUGAUGGUCACAUUUGUAGCUCGCUGCGCUGUCCGUAGUCACCAGUGGCGGUCCGAGCAAAGCCUCUUCACCAGCGCGCUGGCCGUGUGCCCCCUCAAUGCCAAGGUCCACUACAAUGUCGGCAAGAAUUUGGCCGACAGAGGCAACACCACAGCUGCUAUUAGCUAUUACAGAGAGGCCGUCAGGCUUCAUCCCACUUACGUGCACGCCAUGAACAACUUAGGGAACAUCCUCAAGGAAAGGAACGAGCUGAUCGAGGCGGAGCAGCUGCUAUCCAAAGCUGUUUCCAUCCAACCGGAUUUCGCUGCCGCUUGGAUGAAUCUGGGUAUCGUGCAAAACAGUCUGAGCAAGUUUGAGCAAGCAGAGAGGAGCUACUGGAACGCCAUCCGCUUCAGGAAGAAGUAUCCGGACUGCUACUACAACCUGGGACGCCUGUACGCAGACCAGCAGAGACACCUUGAUGCUCUGAAUGCAUGGAGGAACGCAACGGUGCUUAAACCUGAUCAUAGCCUGGCAUGGAACAACAUGCUCAUUCUACUGGACAACAUUGGUAACUUGGGUCAAGCGGAGCUGAUUGGACGAGAAGCUUUGAGGCUCCUCCCAAACGACCACACCAUCAUGUUUUCACUGGCCAACGUGCUGGGCAAGCAAGAGAAGUACAAGGAAUCAGAGGGCUUCUUCCUUCACGCUCUCCAGAUCAACCCAAAUGCAGCUGGUUGCCAUGGCAAUUUAGCUGUGUUAUACCAUCGCUGGGGCAAGCUGGAGCUGGCACAGAAGCACUAUGAGCUGUCUCUCAAGUUGGACCCCGAGGCCCCGGGCACGCGAGACAACUACAACAUGCUGCGACGCAAACUGGACCAGCGCAAACGCCACUCACCCUGAGGGUACGCCCGCCCGCUGCCCACACCAAACGCUCUUCUUCACAUUCCCACUGAUUUUCACAAACACACGUGCAUCUAAAUUAAAGGGCCGUUUCAUAGCCGCUUCCCGUGUGAUGUAUUUUAAUUAGAUUUUCAUGUGUCGUACGAGAUGCAGGUGUCGGAGUCCGUGUGUGUGUUUGCUGUUGUUGUUGCCGGCCCGCUCGAUGAGCACCAUGUGGAGCCCGUCGGCCUCCGCACGGUGUUGUCUCAGCUGGACACAACAUCGCCACACGUGUGACGAACGCAAAGAAUCCUUAUUUGGAUUGACCCUUGUCCUCCAGACUUAAACUUCGUCCAGGGCCAGAAAUGGUGUCCGUUACAAGUUAUGACCAUUUUUGCCAUCCAUUCGAUUUCAAUCCAAAACCGGUAUUAUGUUUACGAUUACGUUUUCCCUAAUUACAAUUGUAUUAUAUUUUAAUAGUUGGUUAUUUACCCGGAUUACAUAAAAACAUGGGUAUCAGUUUUGAUGUAGAUCUGGAUAAAGGUGUGGCUUAACGUAUCUUUCAUCAUUUUAAUCACUCGUUCAUAACGCCUUUGUCAUCUCCCGUUAACCUGGAAGUUGGUAACUAAUUUAUUUGAUUUCAUUUUACUUUUGUGGGGAUCUUUGCUUCUUCUGAGUUCUCUUCUAGUUGUUGUUAAUGUUGUCAGUAUCAUCUGUAAUAUGUAAAACCCAAUUUAAAAAAUGACAUUUUUUAGAAAGGGGAAUUAAAAAAAAGAGGAAAUAAUUUGGUAUGCACAAGUAUGCACACCCUCAGAAUUGACC